AAUGGAACUUCAUUUGUUGGCUUUUUAUAUAAUUUUACUUGGCUACACCAGAGCUUACGCUGCGGAACAGGAAGCAAAUUACAAGUUAAUUUUGGACAAGCUGACAGCAGACAAAGAGGCUGAAGAUAUAGUUAAAGUUAAGGUGGAGCUGGAUAAAAGCGAGGAUGCUGUGAAAAUUAAUGGCGAAGUGGAGCAACUUAUUGACAUGGAUAAUACAUGGAAGGUAAAAUUAGUAUUCAAAAGAGCCGAUGAAGCAAAUGAAGAAUAUACUGAAAUGAUGGCACUGCCCGCAAUGGGUAUUUGUGACUUCCUGAAAAUAUAUUAUAGAAUGUAUGUUUACAAGUCAUUAGUGAAGUAUUCGAAUGCACCUUCACCGUAUAUUUGCCCGAUCGUAAAGAAUACUUACUUCGUAAAAGAAUAUCCCUUUACUUCGGACAAGUUAAAAAGUAUUAUAAAUCCGGGUUUCUAUCGCAUGGAAGCAAUUUUGUACCACGAAGAUGAGGAGAAAUUCAAGUACAGCUUAGAAGGUCAUGUAGUGGAAGAGAAAUAAAGAAAUUUAAGUUAAGGUUUGAAGGUUGGCCUUACCAUAGAGAUA